UGCCCCGCCCGCUUUCAUUUCCCUUCUUUAACCCUAAGUCUUUUUCUCUCCUACCUGAUUGAUUUUAUUUCUAUCAUUUUUCAGAUUCACAAUUUCCCCUGAUUUUGAUCCAUUAUCUUGACAUAAAUCAUAAAAAGUCACCAUUGCGUUAGAUUUAUCGUUAUCAUCAUCGCAGCCAGUUGUACAGUGAUACUGAAGUUCGCACAUAGAAAUGGGUGUCCACUCAUAUUCAUCUUUGUUUGAAUAUCUCAAAAAUGUUGGUGUUCAUAUGCUUGACGAACUGUACACUCAUCCUCCAACAUGUCUUGUCGUUUUUAGAGAAUUACCUGAACUAGCGAAACAUUUUGUCAUGCGACUUUUAUUUAUUGAACAACCAAUACCAAAAUCCAUUGUCUCUGGGUGGGUUGAAAAGGGUUCUAGUGCACUUCUAAAUGACUCAUGUAAAGCUUUGACUGAUUUGAGAAUAUGGCAUUCUACAGACAGUAAUGUUUCUCGAGGCUCUUGGUCGUUAAAUAAAAAGUAUCAAGAGUCGAUUCGGAUAUCACUGUUUGGAGGUGGAAAACCCUUACUUGGAGAUUUAGGCAUAGUGACAAACGAUAAGUACUCAAAAAGUGUUGACUUUUUAAAAUCGUAUGCAGCUGAACGUUGGGAUGCUAUACUUCACUUUAUGGUAGGUUCUGAAUCAGCGGAAGUUGGAAGUGUUGUGAAGGAUGUCCUUUUAUUGUCCAACUUAAUGAAAUGUGAAGGUAAUGAUUGUCCAAUCGGUAUCACAAAGCAUGGGUUCCAUUUCUUGCUUAUGAGUCGACAGUUUCAAGUGCUAGUUUUCAUCCUGCACUACUUUGACUACUUAAAGGAAAAUAGUAAAAAUCUAGUUGGAGCCCUACAGUUCGUUUUCCAACUUAGUUUUUUGUGUCCGACAAAGAGCUAUCCAGUAGAGGCACUGAGUACUGCCCAACAGGAAGUAUUACAACAUAUGCGCGAACUCGGCUUAGCUUAUCAACGAAAGCGUACAGCGCCUCGUUUUUAUGUAACUCCUCUUGCUUUGGAUGUAGCUGGAGGUCAUACUACUUUCUUGGAAAGUAAAUCAGGUGGAUGGGGUCCACAAUUAGGAGUUAUUCCUACUGGUGUCUCAAAAACAGAUCCCACCGAUAGCAACAAAAUGUUUUCGCAAAUUUCAGUAUCGAAUUCUUCCGAUGUUGGUUAUAUUUUGCUAGAAACCAAUUUCCGACUAUACGCCUAUACUGAUUCACCGCUUCGUACCGCUCUUCUUAGUUUAUUUAGCAAAAUACGUGCACGUUUUCCUAAUCUUGUUGUUGCUGAUAUAACUCGUGACUCAGUUCGUGAAGCAUUAAUUCGUGGAAUAACUGCAAAUCAGAUUCUAUCUUUCUUAACAACCAAUGCACAUCCAGAUAUGUUAUUACAGAAUCCUAUAUUACCGCCUACUUUAACCGAUCAAAUACGACUAUGGGAAUUAGAACGAGAUAGAUUUCUAUUUCAAGAAGGCUGUUUGUAUGAACAGUUCUCUCGGAAUACAGAUUUUGAAAUGGUUCGGGAUUAUGCUAAAAACAUUGGUGUUUUACUCUGGGAAAAUCCUGAACGAAGACUUAUGGUUGUGUCUAAAGCAGGUCAUGAAGAUGUACGGAAAUUUUGGAAACAUAAACGUCCAUCCUAAAACUUUGUCACUGUUCAAUUUUCUUUUUCUACUCCAGAUUAUAUGUACAUAUAUAAUUAGACAUUUUCAUUUUUAUUCUAACAGUAUUUGUUGAAAAGUGAUUUUUCAGCAAAACUCCAUGAUUUGUCAUUUUUAAACUUAAAAUGCAAUAUCAUAUCAAAAUUC